AUGUUCAAGGCUCUUCUGUACGCUUAUGUCUUGGGAGGGCUCACCUUCAUCCCGCUCGUGGUGGCGGUCGUCAUCUUCAUCACGGUGUACACCUCUGUACCCGUCGGUGAUACCGAUAUGGCAAAGAAGAAGAGGGGGCAAAUGGAGGCGGACAGUGUGGAGGAAGAGAAGGACAACGACGGAGAGGUGAUGGAUGGCGACAAGGACAACGGCAGUGCAGCGGAUCCACAACUCGAACUCAACGACAAACCCACGACCCGGAAAGGCUGGCUCACUGUUCGGCGGACGUUUGAAGAAGAGGAGAAUGACACGAGUUAUGUGACGCUCGUUAGGUCGUUCUUGGAUUCCCGUUCCAAGGACCCCAAGCGCUCGAGACCCAAGGACAUGUGGUAUGCGGUUCUCAAGAGGAAUAUCCUUUACCUUUAUGAGGACGAGGGUAUGACCGAAUGCGAAGCUGCCAUUGAACUCAGCGGGCAUGAUGUAGUCAUUUACCCUGAGGGUCUUCCCGACGGCGAACUCUACGCGAAGAGGAAUGCCAUCUGUCUCCGCCGGAAGACUCCAGCAUCCAGCAACUUGGCCAGCGUGACGAAGGAGAUGAAACUGGGGAAGGAAGAGGUGGAGUCCCAGCUGGAAAGGAAACCGAGUUCAGCAAAGAAGAAAGCCAGGGAACGGGAAGCUUUGCUCGAGGCCGACAAGAAGAUCGACGCAGCCAGGGAUGAAGCGUUCGACCCUGAGACGCCGUGGUUCAUCUUUGUUCGUUCCAAUCUCGAAAUGGAAGACUGGUACUUUUCGCUCCUCCACGCCUCUUCACAUCCUGCUCAAACUCCGACUCUUCUCCCACUGCGGAGCGUAUUUGACCCAACCGAUAUGAAUCACUUGGUCAACACAUUGGACAACCAGCCCGAUGUCAUCCCAAUGCGAUGGUUGAAUGCCCUGUUGGGACGAAUCUUCUUCAGCCAUUACCGAACUCACCACCUCGAGGCAUACAUUAUCGGUCGAUUAAUGAAGAAGCUCGAAAAGGUCAAGCGUCCCCAGUUCCUCACCGACAUCGCCGUGACCGAAGUCUCUGUGGGCACCAGACCUCCCAUGUUCAGCAAACCAAUGCUGAAAGAGCUCACGAAAGAGGGCGACGCAUCGUUGGAAGUUCAUUUCCAAUACAAAGGCGAAAUCAGAAUAACGAUAGAAGCAACUGCGGUCAUUAAUCUCGGAGCAAGGUUCAAGUCGUAUACAGUGAAACUCGUUUUGGCGGCCGUUUUGAAGGAAUUGGAGGGGAAUUUGUUGGUCAAAGUUAAACGUCCACCGAGUAAUCGCAUUUGGUAUGCGUUUACGCAGACGCCGAGGAUGGUGUUGGCCGUUGAGCCUAUUGUCAGCGAUAGGCAGAUUACUUGGGGGAUGAUCCUGAGUACGAUCGAGUCCCAGAUCAAGGAGAUUAUUCGAGAGUCGGUUGUGAUGCCAAACAUGGACGACAUCGCGUUCUUUGACAGUCUGCCCUAUGCUCACCGUGGUGGUAUCUGGGCAGAUGCGUCUCGACAGAUGCAUCCGCGCGCGUUCGUUACUCCCCCUGAAGGAGAGGAGGAUGUCCAGUCUUCCCAAUCUGCACCCAACCCCGGUUCUUCUUCUACUGAACCACCGGCCACUCUCACUUCCCAGUCUGACGACCUUUUGGCUGUCAAAUCCUCAAGCUCGUCUUCGUCGUCAGACUCGAAGUCUGCACUAAGCGAUCCGACAGACUCGACUAGGAAUAACACACGUCGCAAAACAUGGUUCUCCAGUGUCAAAAGUGAUGAUGGUUCGGGGUUGCUCAGCGAUGUUUUCUCCGGCUCGGGCGAUGAGAACGGUUCGAAACAUAGACGAGGUCGGAAAGGCUACACAGGCACGACAACCGACGAAGAAGGCCCAUCGCGUUCUCCCUCGCGCUCUUCACGACGUCGAAGUGCACAUUCUGUCAGCUCACAAAAGUCCUACAAAACGGAUCAAGGCUCGCAAUCCGAAGCCGGUACAUCGUAUCGAUCCCACUCUCGUCUCUCUAACCGCGAUGACGACGAAGACAGUUCCUAUCUAAGGAGCCGUCCAACCACGCCAGAACGAAGAAGAUCAGAUGUUUCUCUGAAGAAUCGCUCUCCCAGUCCACCUUCCUUCUUCUCCACACUCAAGUCUAAGGCUGGAGAUAAGCAGGCUCUGACGAACACUGCAAAGGAAACGAUACGGAAAUGGAGUGCCAACUGGGGCCUGAAGAAAGACAGCACUGACGACUCGAGUUCUCAUGACGGCGCCUCAACUUCGUCUCGUCUAAAUGCAGGCACCAGUCCACCCUCUGGCCACAAGCCCCGAGCAAGCUACGCCGAAGUGCGAGCGGCAGUUGCUGAGCGGAAGGAGAAAGAGAGGUUGGCCGAGACGGAAGGCAAUUCGAAUUCGAACCCUCCAACCACGUUGUCUAAUGGAUCCGCUCAUGCUCAGAACCAGGCUUCGUCUUCUGACAAUCCCAUUUACCCAUCAAUCGUAUCCUCUUCGGCACGCCUGUCAACACCCCGCCUCGCCACAAAGAAAUCCACUCCUUCAAUCAGCCGGGUUAAUACCGACAUCGACGCUGAACCCCCCGUCUCGCUCGAAACGCCGAUCCACGUCCAACCGCAAGCGAAAACGAUGUCCAUUCCAGGUAUUCACGCCAAAAACCGCGGAGAAAUUCAAUCGCUGGGACAUGUCGCUUCCCCGCAAACGCCCACUCCGCCUGUGCUUUCCACGGCUCCUACGCCAUCGACAAUCAUAGAAAGCAAGUUGAAAAACCCCGCUAUCCAGACUGUCUAUCGCUUUUGGAAGAGUCCCGGGAAUGCUGGGAACAGCGUGACCAGCCAAGCGACCUCGCAAGGAUCGAGUGGUGGUGGUGACACCGAGAUUACUCAGAGUGGUGGUAGUGGCAGUGGAUCAGACAGCCGUCCGGGAGAGGCAGUUGAGCGGCCUAGUCCACCGCCACUACCCCCUCGUCACACCAACACUCAAGCUGGCCCCACAUUGGCUUCGACGUCAGAGGCUACCCUGAAUCCUCCGGCAGGCGCGCUAGGAUCGUCUUCCGCCGCAUCUGAGGCUCUGAAGAAUACCGUUUCCAAGGACGAGAUUGCGCGCUCUGUUUCCCCUCAGGAACAAGGGGAUUCUCAGCCGGGUGUUGCCAAUGCUCACCAUGGGAGUGCAAUGACGGAGCCGACGCUGCACGAGGUCAUGGCCUCGGGGGAUGUAGCGGGCCCGACACGCGGUGCGUUAAACACGAGUAGGAGUAGCGUGGGCUCGGCGUCGACCAUGGGCAGCGCCAGUGGGAAUGGGGAUGGCGACGCUCAACAUGGUCGGACGCCUCCGCCACUACCUCCUCGUCCCGUUCCUGCUAUCGCUUAG